AACAGGACAGGCUGUGUCCUUUCAUCGUCGUCAGAGUUUCCUGAAGGAUUUUUUACACCGCAGGAGAGAAAGGAUGGAGGGAUCGUUAUCUAUUUCAUAAUUAUACUUUACAUGUUCUUGGCCGUGUCCAUUGUGUGCGAUGAUUACUUCCUGCCUUCUCUAGAGAUCAUCAGUGAAUGCCUUGGCCUCUCUCAGGAUGUUGCUGGAGCAACUUUUAUGGCUGCUGGAAGCUCUGCUCCCGAGCUCGUUACUGCUUUUCUAGGCGUCUUCAUGACAAAGGGAGAUAUUGGCGUCAGCACCAUCCUUGGAUCAGCAAUCUAUAAUCUUCUUGGUAUUUCUGCAGCCUGCGGGCUGUUUUCCAGUGUGGUUUCGAGGCUAUCCUGUUGGCCACUGCUUAGAGACUGUCUGGCAUAUACAAUCAGUGUAGCAGCUGUCCUUGCGAUGAUAUCUGACAACAGAAUUUAUUGGUAUGAAAGUGCAACCUUAUUAUUAGUAUAUGGGUGCUAUAUUCUGGUGCUCUGUUUUGACAUUAAAAUCAACCAGUACCUCAUGAAAAAGUUCAGUCCCUGCUGUACAUGUUUCACAAAAGCUUUGGAAGAGAGUGCUGAGCAGCAGCCACUAGUUGGAUGGAGAGAAGAGAGUGGACCUUUAAUUUGUCAACAGUCAAGAACAGAUAGUGGAAUUUUUCAAGAUGAGCUGGACUACUCUCAACUUUCAACAAGCUUGCAUGGGCUGGAUGAAAUCUCUGAAGAUCACCCAAGUGUCUUCACUAUGCCUGAAGCAGAUAUGAAGAGAAUUUUGUGGGUGUUAUCCCUUCCUAUUAUUACACUACUCUAUUUGACUAUACCAGAUUGCAGAAAACCGUUUUGGAGGAACUGGUUCAUGGUGACAUUUUUAGUUUCAGCAGCGUGGAUUUCUGCAAUAACUUAUGUUCUUGUAUGGAUGGUAACAAUAGCAGGUGAAACACUGGGAAUUCCAGAGUCAAUAAUGGGUCUGACAUUACUAGCAGCAGGAACAAGUUUACCAGAUACAGUUGCAAGUGUGCUGGUGGCUCGUAAAGGAAAUGGAGAUAUGGCGAUGUCUAACAUUGUAGGAUCCAACGUAUUUGAUAUGCUCUGCUUGGGAAUACCCUGGUUUAUAAAAACAGCCUUCAUAAAUACAUCAGGACCCAUAGAAGUGAACAGCAAUGGUUUGACAUACACAGCCAUUUCUCUCAUCUGUUCUGUGGUUUUUAUUUUUCUGGCAGUUCACUUGAAUGGCUGGAAAAUAGAUAAAAAAUUUGGAGUAAUUUCUCUUGUACUGUACUUAGUAUGUACUACAGUAUCAAUUUUAUAUGAACUUGGCAUCAUAGGGAACAAUCCUACAAGGGUCUGUGGUAACUAGUUUUAAUCAGUGAUUAUGCUGAUGAAAAGAAUAAAAGCAGGAGAGAAAGGUCUGUUUCUUCAUUUAGUCAAAAUAAAAAAAAUAAACUCAGAACUCCCAUUGGGCUCUAACUCUUAUUUACAGAACUAAGUCAUGUCAUUAAAGUAAUAUUAAUUAGAAGAAAAACAUCACAGCCUCAUUGGAGCCCUUUCUUUUAGAGUCAAGAAUUACAGUAUGACUACAACGCACAUAUAAAACUGAAAUUCUGAAAAAAAGACAUCUAACUUUUACAAUACAAUGUUGAUACACUGAGGAGGGAAACAAACAAAAAAAAAAAAACAAAACACAAAGCUGAAACACUAAACAAAUCCCAC